CCACGCAACUUCGAGCACACGGUGGCUGUGGGGAGGAGGGGGGGUGGGUGGUCGUCGAGAGCCGCUUAAACUUUUCCUAAAACCGGGUUAAUAUUUCAUCGUUUAAUUCAAUUACAGAGGUCGCUUAGCCCGGGGGCGUUGGAGCUCCGUUUUUUUUUUAUAAGGGCGGUGGAGACAUUCUCUCGCUCGCUCUCUCUCUUGCUCGCAAGCCAAGAAGGAGAGGAGAGAUAAGAGAGAAAGAAAGGAGAGAGAGAAGAGAGGGAGCUGCGGACGUGGGCCGGCAUCUUACUCAAGACGCCAUUUAGAAGAAUCAAAACAAAAUCGAGCGGGUCAAUGGAUGUCGUGAUUCUUCUGAAAUCCGCUGCGUGAACAUUACGUCUGUGAAUCGCGUACUCUGCAUUGUUCGCUGAAGCGCUCGGCUCUUCAUCACCAUGGGAGAAUGGAGCUUCCUGGGGGACCUCCUGGAGGCGGUGAAUGCACACUCCACCAUGACCGGUCGUUUGUGGCUCAUGAUCUUCAUCAUCUUCCGCGUCCUAGUCAUAGCAACUAUCGGCGACAACCUCUACGAGGAUGAACAAGAAGCUUUUAUAUGCAAUACACUGCAACCAGGCUGCAAUCAGGUCUGCUACGACAAGGCCUUCCCAAUGUCGCAUUUUCGCUUCUGGGUAUUCCAGAUCGUGGUUCUGGCUGCACCCUCCCUUUCUUUCAUUGCCUUCGCUAUACACAGCCAGACUAAGGAGGAGAAGGCAGAGAGAAUUGUUGAAAAGAAGCCAUUUCAAAGCAUGGAGGAACAGAAAAAGUGGGAGAAAAGCCGGUCCAACAGGGAGGCGAGAAGACACGCCAUGUAUGCUGUGCAUGUCGUUCUCAAGCUGGUGCUGGAGAUUGGCUGCCUCGUGAGCCAGUACUUUGUGUACGGGUUCACCAUCAACGCCCACUUUCCAUGUGAGCGCUUCCCGUGCCCCAACAAGGUGGACUGCUUCGUGUCACGUCCCACAGAAAAGAACGUCUUCCUCCUCUACUACUUUGUGGUGAACGUUUUCUCCGCGCUUCUGUGCUUCGUCGAGAUCAACCUGAUCGGGCUGAAGACGCUACGUCGCAGGCUCAAGCACGUGGUGGACACGGACUCGAACGAAGAAUAUCACCAUGCUCCACCAUCAUUCAGUUCCGCCGUCACCUACCCUGACACAAAGAGGAUGAACGGCCACGUCGUCAGUGUUGCCAUGCAGAACGCAGACCACCUCAGCAUCUCCACUCGAGACAUAAGCAGGCAGCAAAACAUUAGCAAUGCAGCUCACGAAAAUUCCACAAGCAUGAUGGAGCCCCUGCUCAUGGAGAUGCAGAGGCAGUCGGAUAAGUCAGGCAAUGGUCUGAUCCGGAGCAGGGCUGGCUCUCAGUCAGUGUUGAGCACCUGAAUUAUGAGACACCUAAUCGUGCUAUGAAUAGCAGACAAAUUAUACAAUGAAACAUUCUCUAGACAUUCCACCUCUCCAUUCCAUAGAUUACUUCAUCCCCAUCUGCUAGAAUAUUUCGAAAAGUUUCACUUUGUAUCUCGCAGAAAAUGGUAGAUACGACAAGUCUCUUAGAUGCACCCGAUUUUAGACCCAAUGGUGUUUUCUGAAUCCCUACACGUGAUACAAAAUAUGGGUUUUUUUCAUAAUAUUGCCGUUAAAAGUAAUUUUAUGCAUAAUUCAUUAGUGUAUUGUAUGGUAUGGUGGAGAGGUAGGAGAUGGAAGGUGGAAAUGGGUUCAUGCUAGGUAAGUUUCAACCAUUAUAAUAUGAAACAUUUUCUCAAGAAGAUUAUUGCUGAGAAUAGGUUUUUUGGCAACAAAACAGAUGUUAAGAUGUUAAAACACCAAACUGAAACCUUUUACAAGGAAUCAUGUCUGCAUUAACCACAUAUACUUGUGGUCAGAAUGUGGUUAGACCAGAGGACGCCUUUUGGCGUCCUCUGGUCUAACACCGUUUGAGACGAGGCUCGAAAGAAAGCUGUUUCUGGUGUGGACCAAUCAGUUUCAAAGACAAUUCAUAUACUGUCAGAGUAUGUUUAUUUUGCAUCCUGACUACAAGUAUAUGUGGUUAAUGCAGACAUGAUUCCGUAUUAAAGGUUUCAGUUUGGUGUUUUAACAUCUUAACACCUGUUUUGUUGCCAGAAAAAAGGGGAAAACCUAUUCGCAUAUUUUGGUACUGGCAAAGGAGGUCCCAUGCAGAUUAUUGCUGUUUUAUGACUAUGCAUUUAUAACAUUAAGAGUUUAAUAAGAAUGCAGUAACAACAGAUGAACUGUUAUCUGAAUUCGUCUUUUUGCGCAGAGUAAAUUUGCACCAAAAUGUGAGAGUAAUUCGUAAUUAGCAGUGAAGGUGUUGAUUGGUCCUUGGGGGAAUUUGCACCGUGCCCCUUAAACCAAACAUUACAAAGUGAUAAACAAUAACAAUAACGUGUGAAACAACGAUUGACUUAGUAUAUAUAUUUAAAUAACAGUCGAUCCAAUGCUGGAUGAAGGCCUCCCCAUGCCGCGUCAGUAAUGGGGCUUGUUUGGCCAUACCUCACUAUGCUGGCCAGUGUGUCUUAGUGACGAGAGAGGCCCAGGUCCGGUUCAGAUAAUAAUCACCCCCCUCUGAUGUUAGCCAUGGGCUAGGAAAUAACACUCGGGUUUAUGUGUUUCAUAGUACAGUGCGCUAACCAACUCCACCAUGGUUCCAACCCCAUAUCCUGUAUACGCGAGCUUCAAAGGUGUAAAGUCUAACACCUGAAGAAUGUAGUGACGAAUUGGGGGGGACAGCGAGCAGGCAAGGUAUGUGAGCUUACACCAGCUGUUCAAUCACUAGUGUUUACUAGCUGUCAUGAGAUCAAUACUUUAAUUUGCUGUGCCAACUGUUUUUAUUUUCAACAUUAACACAACGUGAACCCAUUGGAUUCUGCACUAAUGGAAGUUAAUAAAAAGACAAUGGAGUAAUUAAUAACACUCUUGAUGCCUCACACCCAAGUGCUGGAAGUGGAGGUGCCGUACGCGUUGUAUUUUAGAUGAUCUGAUGUCGUUAGUAGUUGUUACUGUCGAGUCCUAUAGGAGCAUAUGAUACAUGAAUGUGAUAUUGUACUAUAUUUAACUUAAUCACAUCUCACUCUAACACUCACAAACCUUCAUUUCAAUGACUGCAUUGUGCCUUAACUCAUAUUUUACGUGGAUCAAGAGUGAGUUUGUUAAUUUCAUUAUCAAGCAUGUUAACCAUCAAGUAGUAGUAAACAAAUCAGUACUUGUUUCCAAACUGACAACGAAUUUAUUGAGAAGCACAGUCCAUACACGGUGUUCAAAGUGGGUUGGUGCUUAAAAGACGUGACAAAAAAUGUAAUUCAUGCCUCGUAAUCCUUUACACAAAGGGAAGCGAGUGAAGCAGUGAAUCGAACUGUAAGUUUGCUUCCACGUAAUGCAGAUUCAUUAGCAUAUAUAAUGACAGUUUUGAUAUGUCCCAGAGAGACAUGUGUUAGCCUGUAUUCAGGGUAUAUUUAAAAUGGCUCACAGUGGUCCACGAUGAAAUCAAAAGUGUGUUGAAUAGAUCGAUUAUGUGAAAGAAACUAUUAUGUGAAGUUCACUUUAAAAAAUGCAAUGUUUCAAGAUGCAUUUCAUACAAAGCAACCUAAAAGAUUAUGUUGUAGUACAUGACAAAUGACUGAUAUUUUUUUAAAGUGUGGCGUGUGAGAGAUGGAGUGCAAGGUUAGACAUAAAUUAACCUAAGCAUAAGAUACAUUUCGUGCCAUUGUAUUUCAUAUUAAGGAUUUUUACUAUUUUAUAUCAAUAUUUGUAAAGAAGAUCAUGAUUUUUGGAUUCUUACUUGAGCUAUCCAGCAAACAUGAACAAACAACUGCCUACAUGAGAUUAACAGUGGUUAGCUUUAUGGGGGAAACAAUCCAAUUGUGUAUAAAAAAUAUAUAUUACAGUCAGCAGCUCAUAAUGUAUAAUGCCAAGCUGGGUAUGUGGGUAUGCAGGGGUGGAUUGAGAUUGAUAUGUAUGCUGUCAAGAAAUGUCACGUAUAAUUUUUCUUGCUUAUGUGUUUUUAAACGUACAUUUCAUUUUAAAAAAUCAUAUUUGUUACAAUUAAGUGUACUUGUGACAUU